AUGGAUGCUGAAGAAGCAGUGUUUACUUUUCCACUCGGCAGAGGUGGAGAACAGCUACAGCCAGCUCCCUGUGUUUUCAUGCCAAGCCUUACAGAUACAAUACUGUCACUCUUGGACAGAUUAGCAAGAUUGACGUGGCAUCAAGGAAACAUACCAAAUGAUAAGAUCUGGGUAAAAAUAGGUGGUGACAAGGGAGAUGCCAGCAGGGAAGAACAGGCUGCAAUUGCCCUUGACCAACUGGCUUCAUGGUUGGCUUUAAGUGCACCCAAUGAGCAAACAGCCUCGACACAGGUGCAACAGAUACAACAGCAGGCUAAACAGCACAAACAAAAAGCAGACAAACAGAGUGCCAGGUCUGCUAAACUAGCAGGAGAGAAGUUCAAGACAGCAGAGGGACCUACUGUGACCAGCAUAACUGAAAGCCUCAAGAAGCUUAAGAUUGGAGUCGAGCGUCAGGCAUAUCAUGGUGGGUCAUUUAUUGGAAACAACGUUCAAAAGUGUCUGAAGGAACAAAACAUUGAAAUAUUGUGUACCAGCAUAGUAGCGACUGGAGCUCCACAUGGCAAGACAAGCAGCUGAGCAAGUCAGACAAUAAUUCAAGCAGUUUUCACUGCAUUUGGAGCUUGCCACAAUUUGUACAGCAUAGCUCGAAAACUUACUGUAGAAGAGAUGGACACUUUAGGUAUAAACGUA